UGAACAGACAUGCAAAACAGACACACAAACCCAGCAGUGUUUGUGCUGCACAUGUGAACAUUAAAAUAACAGCCCGCCCCGUCCUCUCCCCUUCUCGCUGCUCUCUCCUGCCAGCUGUUUCUGUUUUGGCAGCCGGACCCGGCAACAGAGAGGAGGAGGACCAACGAGGCCGGAGUCAUGAAGAGGGAGCUGGAGAUCGCUGCCCUCGGUGUGGCCACCACAGGAUGGCUGGCUGCCAUUCUUACACGCUGCCUGGCCCUGUGGAAGGUAAGCGGGACCGUGGACAACACCACAGCCAGCCUGCCUGCCUACUGGGAUGGGGUGUGGCUACAAUGGGAUCACUGGGAUCUGGCUCAUGAUGGCAGCCUGCACUGCUCUUUCUACCAGUCUCUGAUGUCUCUGUCUGGAAGUUUUCGCACGUGGAGAGCCCUGAUCAUGGCCGCCAUUGGAGUCGGGGGAUUCGCAGCAGUGGUUGGAGCAGUGGGGUUGGUGUGGUUUCCAAAGCGAGGCCAGAUCAAAGUGUUUUCUGGGAGUUUCUUUAUUGUGGCAGGUAUCCUGUUGCUGGUUCCCAUUGCAUGGACUUGCCAUCACACCAGUCAGCCACUGGAGGGCGCUGUGUCACUGAGGAGAGACUGGGGACCUGCUCUGUACCUUGGAUGGAUCUCCUUUGGCCUGAUGCUGGUUGGUGGUGUGUUUUUAACCACCAGAUGCCCCACUGCAGGGGGGCAGGGGGAGCAGCCCGGCAGGAGCCUGAGCCCCGAGGAGGAGGCCAGUAACCCGCUGAACACCAUCAACAGAACUGCGUUCACAAACAGCCAAUACAACCGUAGAUCACAGGCCAUCUGAGGGGACUGGAGGGCAAUAUUUAAAUGGACUGCUGAAAAGUGAAAUGAAUGCACAUAGAUGAUCUGCUCAGGAAGAUGUGUGGUUGCACUUUUUAGAAAUAUUUGGUUAGAAUUACCUUCAAUGAGCAGAACCACAUUCACUUUAUUAUUAACAUGGAUUUUUUUUUCUUCUGCUGUUUUCUUCUACAUUUACUGUAUGUUUGAAUGAUCAUUUCCAGGCUUGAAAACUGCAGGAAAAUAACGGCUCUGUUCGGUUUGUUGCAUUAACAAGAACACAUCUGGUGGUUUAUUCCAAUAAAGUUUAACGACCGUUAUGUAAACUCCUUAAAACUAACUGCUACUGCAUCUGCAGAUUAAAAACUGGCUGCACUGAAUUGGCAGCUUAUUUUAUUGUAGGAGGGAUGUCUCAGAAGAAUCGGGGGAAAAAUUGUCACUUUAUAGAGCAGGAUCACUUAUAUUUCAUAUCUGGCUGCUCAGAGUUUGACUUUCCUUUAUAAAAAAUGACUGAGAAAUACUUCUGUUUGAUAUAUUUGGUUUAGUUUAUGUCAAACUGGAAUGCUUGGAUGUGCUGGGAUCAGAUACAAUGUAAUGAUAAAAGAGGAAUGUAGAGGAUCAAUAGAGAAAAGCACAUCAAAUAAACAGGAGAAAUGAUGCAGAGUAGCCUUCUUUAGCACUAAGACAAAAUGGACAAAAGUGACAUAAUCCUAAUUUAUUGCUUACCAACAAUUCUCACAGAAAAUAGGAAAACUCUUUGAUAUAAAGACCAAACAUUUUUUUUGCAGAUACUUAAGUUAUUAGAAAUAGAACAGAAUGGGGUGGAUUAUCCCUUAGUGGAGAAAAAAGGUUUUUAGCAUUACAAAAAACAAUAUGUGAAAUAUGCAAACCUGUGAUUUAUCUAAGUUAAUAAAAAAGAGCUAAUUAUCAUUUAAAUGGAAAGAUAAUAAUAGGGAUAUAAACAAUGUAUUGGGUUUUGUUAGCUGUUUUAGUUGUAAAGUCUGAUAUCUGCUAAGAGGGAGGAUCUGAGAUGAUGCUCCUUUGGGCACCUAGAACGGAACAUUGAAAGAGCUAAAUGUUUUGAACGCCCGCCCUCCAUCUUCCUCACAGAUAGUCUGUUUUUAGUCUUCCUUUAAAGGUUGGUGAUGUGGACUCCAUCAUCUCAAAUCCAGAAAUACUGUAAUUCAUAUUCUUUCUGAUAUUUCUAUAUUUUAAAAGUGUCAGAAGUUCCAAUAAGAUCCUCGAGUUUUCAUCAAAUUAACCUGGACUUUCUGACUUAAUCCCCAAAAAGUGGACGUAUCAGAUAGAGGUCUUUGUACAGGAUAAAAGGAAACAAACUCAAUUUAUUGUUAAAUUAGUUUUUAACUUUAUUUGAUUAAACUUGACAGUGAAAGAUACAGAAGUGUGACACACUGAAACUUAAGUUUCUGCCCUUUUUUCUUUCUGUAUGUAAGCUUUACAUCAGAUAAAACAAAAUGUCUCAUUUAAACCUCAGAUUUACCAUGUGUUUGAAUUUUUAUCCCUGUGUGUGAAUUCUUAAAAAUGAUAAUAAAGGUUUUGCUUUCCUUA